AUGGCGUGGAGUACAAGGACUAUGUCAAGAGCUGUGGAUGGACUUCAAGGAGAACGCCGUGAAGAAGAAGAUCCAGGCCAAAGACAUGGACACGAUCAUGGCAGAGGGCAAGAACCAAAGCCGCUCUGGAGUGAAGAGGUGCGAGAGGAACACCUCCUAACCCAGGCGAGACCGAGAGGUCUACUAGAUGAGACACCAAGCGAGAACCUGUUGGACCUUGACUUGGACGAGGACGAGCUGAGGACGGCAGGCGAAAGUACACCGGACUUCAAGGAGUUCAGGCGAUGGGGUCCUACGGGAUUCCAGGCUGCAGUCACUACAGAGGGGUGCCAGCAUGGGACUACUUGGAGGAAUUUCAAGGACAUGCUGGACAAGAACGGGAUCUUGGACAAGUUCAAGGCUCUAAGGCGGAACAACUCGAUGGACUUCAAGCCCGCGAUGGACAAGUACGGGGUCUUGGACACGUUCAAGGCUCUAAGGUGGAACAACUCGAUGGGCGUCGAGCCCACGAUGGAAGAGAACGGGAUCUUGGACAAGUUCAAGGUUCUAAGGCGGAUCACCUUGAUGGACUUCAAGGCCGCGGUAGUCGAGCACGAGGUUCUGAACAAGUUCAAGGACCUGGACAAGAGCUACCUCCAGAAAAAGUUCAACCAAGUGGUAAAGCUGCAAAAGGAGAUUGAGGCUCUGAAGCAGCAGGGAACCCGUGGGCCUACUGAAGGAGUACGGCAACCUGAGAAGGAGCCACCAAUGUGGGACGACAACCCCAGGUGGGACAGCGGUGCCACCGGGAACUCCACCAAUGAUGCCGCGAGUACCGGAUCUUCUGUUUUUGGGAUUACCGCGGAACUUGGAGAAGACCUGAUGGAGGGUUUUGAGGGGGACGAGAUGGACAAAGGCAAUGUCAGGGACUCCAACAAGGUUGGGGAGAUUGUCAACAUGAUGUCCGGCGAGGAGGUGGACCACGUGAGCCAUUACCGGGACAAGAUCGACGGUGUGGACUUCAACGAGGUACAACCCCCAGGACAAGAGCACCGAACUCCAGUGGGACAAGCUCAUGGAGGAGGUGAAGUGUUUUGGACCCCAGAACCGCCCAUGCAGCCGAAAGAGGAGCGUGGCGAAGUGUGGGGUGACUGGAAUAUGAAAAGCCAAAAGGACCUGAACAAGGACAACCUGCGGGACCUCAUGGACGAGCAGCUGGAUUACCAGUUGGUCAUGGACGAGAAGAGCAAGGGGCUCCUCAUGGACAACAAGUGGGGAACCAAUGGAAGAGUGACAAUGAGCAGAAGUUGGCAUGGCUUGAGGAUGGAGGUCCACCUGCAAAUCUUGGCCAACAACUUCCACAACAAGCUGCAGUACCACUUCAAGAUGCCCGAGCCAAACGAGCCUGCAAGGGGCAAGUUGGGCGCUUGGGCAAAGGAUAAACAUACCAAUCUCGAGCAGGGCAACACCAAAGGCAGUGUUCAAGGUGGACCUCAGAAUAUGAGCACAAGGGACAAUUCGGUCUGGCAUUAG